AACUGAUUCAAAAUUUUCGUUGGAAUUCCUCUGAUCAAAGUAGACAUACGUGCCUGACUACAUAGGCUCAUUGGAGAGAAACACGCGGGGAUCCAGACCAAACACAUUUAAGUGAAACAUCGACAAUGACAUGGAUCAAAUGCCAAGUUUGUAGAGAAGAAACCUCCAAGUAUAAAUGUCCACAGUGUACAAUACAGUAUUGCUCUGUUGGAUGCUUCAAGAACCACAAAGAAACAAAAUGUGUAUCCUCACAGAUGGUAACAACAGAUUCUAUAACUACUCCAACAACACAAAAUAGCCAGAGAAACAAAGAAAUAAAUAUCAUUUUCGAGCCAGAAGAUGAUGAAGAAGCAACAGAGGACACCCUGUCAUUACAACAGCUUCAGGAGUUAGGUGAGUGUCCAGACCUUCACCAAAUGCUUGAAAAUCCUUAUUUACGUGACAUGAUGACCAGUCUAACAAGGGCAGACAACCCAAGAACAGCCAUGGAUAAGGCUAUGCAAAAACCAAUCUUCACUGAAUUUGUGGAUCAAUGUUUGAACAUCAUUGGGGACAAGAAUUGUGCAGAUUCCCUUCCCUGGUCAUGAAUCAACUAUUGUGAUGAGUGACUUUACUGAUUAUAAGAGAGGAGGCUAUGAGUCAAGAAUUGUGAGGACUCUUUUUGCUGGUCACGAGUCAAGAAUUGUGAGGACUCUUUUUGCUGGUCAUGAGUCAAGAAUAUGAGGACUCUCUUCGCUGGUCACGAGUCAAGAAUUGUGAGGACUCUUUUUGCUGGUCAUGAGUCAAGAAUAUGAGGACUCUUUUUGCUGGUCAUGAGUCAAGAAUAUGAGGACUCUCUUUGCUGGUCACGAGUCAAGAAUUGUGAGGACUGUUUUUGCUGGUCAUGAGACAAGAAUAUGUGUACAUUCUUUGCUGGCAAUAAGUCAAGAAUAUGAGAACUCUCUUUGCAACACCUGAGUCAAGAAUUGUGAGGACUCCUUUUGCUGGUCUUGAGUCAAGAAUGGGAGGACUCUUUUUCCUGGUUUAGAGUUAGGAAUUGUUAGGG